CCUGAUGUCCUAGCACCCUUCCCCCGGCACACCCUCGCUUUUUCCUCCUGACCGCCCAGCAACCCCCCCGCGUCUAUUUGGGGUCUUCAUGAGCGCCUCAACAUCCUCACCCGCACUGUGCCCGUCUACCGCCUGUCCUUGUCUACCUUCAACCCACCACCUCUGGAAUUUUCCCUCAGCAUUCCUCACUGCUCAGCAUAGCUCGUACAACAUCCGAAGCUCCCUCACACGUAUCCUGUUUGUUCCCAUCGUCCUGGGGGAUUUCUUGUGUGUUCCAGACUCUUUCCUUGUUGACUCCUGUCUAAGUCCUUUGCUUGAAAACGUGUGUGUGUAAACCACUAUUAAAUCCAUUAGUGGCUUGAGUUUGCUUUCCUUUUUUUAUGCUGUGGUUUUUGUUUUUUUCCCCAGUGUUCUUGGAUCAGACUGUGACUCUUCAGGCACUGAUUUAAAUGACCCUUUCCUUUGCUAAUAUGCGAGAGGCUUGUGACAUGGCCACAGAUGUGGCUGAGCCGGUGGUCCCUGACUGCAGAGGGGACGGCAGGAGCGGUGCCAGGUCAGACGCCGAUUACCCCCUACGGGUCCUCUACUGUGGAGUCUGUUCAUUGCCAACAGAGUACUGUGAAUACAUGCCUGAUGUGACUAAAUGCAGACAAUGGUUAGAAAAGAAUUUUCCAGAUGAGUUUGCAAAACUUACAGUAGAAAAUUCACCUAAACAGGAAGCUGGGGUUGGAGAAGGCCAAGGAAAUGUGGGAGGAGGAGAAGAAGAGGAGAAGAAGAAGCAAAAGAGAGGUGGAAGAGGUCAGAUAAAACAGAAGAAGAAGACUGUACCACAGAAAGUUACAAUAGCUAAAAUUCCCAGAGCAAAGAAAAAAUACGUCACCAGAGUGUGUGGCCUUGCCACAUUUGAAAUCGAUCUUAAGGAAGCACAAAGGUUUUUUGCUCAGAAAUUUUCCUGCGGUGCCUCAGUAACAGGAGAAGAUGAAAUCAUCAUUCAGGGGGACUUUACAGAUGACAUUAUCGAUGUAAUCCAGGAGAAGUGGCCUGAGGUGGAUGAUGACAGCAUUGAAGAUCUUGGAGAAGUCAAGAAGUGAUAGUGGAAGACUACCUUUAUUUAAUUAUAUGGUUAUAAAUGAUAGAGCAAAAGUGAGGCUUCUAAAUCCAUUUGCUCUGCAGUGAAACUGUGGAGAACCUGUAUCCUUGGCAUUCUCACUGUUCUGUAUAGGCUGCUGGUUUUUUUUUGUUUUGGGUUUUUUUUUGUGAUAUUUGCCAAAGUUAAAUUGGGGUUCUACCAUGCCUACGCAUGAAGUAGAUUUAAAUAAAAUUACUGUUCCUCACUGAA